AUGGGUUCCCAGCUUGAUGAUGUGACUCUCAAGAUCAUUAAUUCUCCAAAAUUCGAAAUCAUUACUACAUUCUUAUAUUCAACAGGCCUGCGAGAGAGCUCCAGUAUAACCGAAGGAAACCAAACUCCCCUGAACAACUGCUACCUUCUUGAUUACGGCCUCCACCGCCUCCGUGCUGCAGCAGUCGACUUUUCGUUCGCUCAAGCUCUGUCGAGUCUCGACUGCCCCGGGCUUCUUGAAGCAUUGGCAUCCGAUAUUGAAAAACGUUACUUGGAGGAACAUCCUCAAGAUGGACGCCGUGCGGACAAAAAUUUCAUCGUCCGUCUAGCUUACGGGAAAAAUGGGGAGGUGCACAUAAUGACCGGACCGCGCCCUCGUAUCCCGUUUAUUCAAUAUUAUCCGACAACGCUGCCUGAUCCAAACGCCACCAACAUUGGUGUCCCUGUUGUUGAUUUAUUCGUCGAUCCGGGUCGCAUUGAACCAACACUAUUUACAAAGCACAAGACGACAUUUCGUGACGAUUAUUCAGAUGCGCGCGCAAGAGUGGGCUUAACGCCAACGACGCCAUUCUUGGAGGGUGAGGUUCUACUUGUAAACCAGCGAGAUGAGGUCUUGGGGGGUGGCUUCACCACAGUUUAUUUCUGGCGUAACGGGUCUUAUGUCACACCGGCUAGCAGUAGCGGUGCCAAGAUUGGUGUAUCACGACGGUGGGCCUUGGAAAAUAUCGAUGUGCAGGAAAGCGUGGUUCUCAUCAGAGACGUGCUCGAGGGUGAGCAUGUUUGGUUGAGUUCUGCAGUCAGUGGCUUCUGUCGCGGAAAGAUACGAUUCAUCAACGAGGCAAUGUAA